AUGGUUCUAGCUGGCAAGCUGGUUUUCUAUGCGGCCGUCGCGACCUGGAAAACCCCGGUGCACGGCCAAGAUGCACCCGUGCCGGUUACAGGCUUGACCACAGGUAUCAACGCGCAGACCGGCGAGCGACCUGCUCGCCUCAACAUCAACUUGCUCGAAGCCAAAGGAGGCCCUACAUGGGAUCUGUUCAUCCGCGGUCUCGAUGCCAUGCAGAAUAAGCUGGAGGACGAUGUGAGAUCGCACUUUGCCGUCGGUGGGAUCCACGGGAUGCCCUUUAGGCCAUAUAACUCUGUCGACGCCGUGACCAAUGGGAGUGGUAUGGGAUAUUGCCCACAUAUGCAAGCACUUGGACUUGAAGUACAGCGAAUAGCUUCAGAGUACACCGAUGAUGCCGCGCCGGCAUAUCUCGCCGCAGCCCAGAUAUUACGUCUACCGUACUGGGACUGGGCGACAGAUCCCACGUUACCAUCGUCCAGUACGCUAGAGAACAUCACUGUAAACGGACCAAAGGGCCCGUUGGAGCUUCACAACCCCCUUUACAAUUACCGCUGGCAGACCUACCCCCUGAAUCAGUCCCAGUUCCCCGGGUAUGGAAGUUUCGGACCCGUGACGACGCGAGACGGGAGUGGCGGCUUUGACCCAGACUAUGUCAACUCGGAUCUCCAGAAUGCUACCGACCGCAUCAAGGACUCGGUUUACCGUACCUUCGCGUCGACGACUACGUACGACCAGAUGGCGUCCAUGGCAAACUACGGGUCGAGUUUCGAGGCGGCGCACAACGAUAUACAUAACCUUGUCGGCGGCUCGUUCCCAAACCUGGCCAUAACCAGUUUCGACUCGCUGUUGUAUGCCACCCCUGAUCCCGUCUUAAACUCAACUGCUGAUGAAGUUUUCUUACACAGUAUGCUCCACCACUGCAACCUCGACCGCCUCGCCGCUCUGUGGACAUCAGUCCACCCCAACGAGACGCACCAAACGCAACCCUACUCGAGCGACGGCCUCUACUCGACAGCCAAAGGCGAGACCAUCACGGCCGACAGCCCACUGAAGCCCUUUUACCAAGCAGACGGCAAGACGUUCCACACAGGCAUGACCGUGAUCUCGACAGACUCCCUCGGCUACACAUACCCCGAGAUGCGCAGCGGACACCUACCGGUAGACCAAGACGAGAGCAGGAAGAACAGCAUCGUGCAGAUCAACCGACUCUACAGCCCCGGCACCACCACUGCCACAGCAGCAGCAAGAGUGAAGCGAGACACAAACCCGGGGCGCCAAUGGGUCAUCGCCGUCCAAGUAGAGCGCUCUGAACUGGACCUCCCGUGCAGCAUCGACAUCUACCUGGGCGCCCACCUCGCGGGCCGGACGGUGCUGCUCGGCAUGCCCGACCGGGGUUUGGCUUAUGAUCAGAUCUCACUGCAGCGCGCCAUCGGCGCCCUUGAUAUCAGCGGUCAGGAUCCUGCUGCGGUGGAGCAGGCGCUCGAGAAGCAGCUUCGCGUCGAGGUCUCGAAGGGUGACGGUAAGGGUACGAUGAUUGACCCCAGCAGCAUCCCGAGCCUGAAGCUCGAUGUUGUGGCCGAGGACGUCACACCGCCGGGCGCCGAGUCUGAGCUCCCGCGGUACAGCAACCAGAGCGUGCUUGCUGGCGUCUUUGCGCAGUACAAGGGGAAGGGAGAGGGGAGGACGGAUCGGAAUACGGGUGGGCGGUGGUGGCGACGUCGGCCACGUGCGCGGUCGUGA